UUGGCAGGGGAAUAAAAACACACAAGUUUUCAAUAAUAGCGAACAAAAACAACUCAUAAGUCCACAUUGAUACAACUAAUUAAAACAUGUUUCAGAUCUCUCUAUAUCAUUUACUUCAUCUCCAUCACAUACCAUCUACACAUCUCUCUGUAUCUCUACUGUAAACAAAUAAAGUUUCAAUUAUUCAUACACUUUUUCUUAUUCCAUUUUGUAUUCUCACACCUAAAGAUUCCAACUUUAAAUCUCUUGCUUAAUACUCAAAAUCCAAUUUCCUUGUCUACAAAAGAAAAACCAAAAAAUCCAACACUAUUCCAUGAGAUGAGAAAAUCCCAUUUGGUAAAACUGAUACUUGCAGUAUCUCUACCAACAACAUUCUUGAUCAUGAUCGCCAUCAUCAUAAUCUUCAUCUUCUGUAGAAGAACAACAACAGAGACCAAUGAAGUUCAAUACGACGUCGAAUCUCCUUACGAGAAACAAGAAUUUUCCGAUAACGGAUCCGAAACAGAGGAGGAGCUUAUCAUCUUCAACGGUGGAGAAGAUCUAACGAUCUGCGAUAUACUCGAUGCUCCAGGAGAAGUCAUCGGAAAAUCAAGCUACGGUACAUUAUACAAAGCGACGUUACAAAGAAGUGGGAAAGUUAGAGUUCUUAGGUUCCUUCGACCUUUAUGUGCUGUGAAUUCAGAUUCUAAGGAGUUUAAUGGCGUCAUUGAGUCACUUGGGUUUGUUCGACAUGAUAAUCUCGUUCCUCUGUUAGGGUUUUACGUUGGCAACAGAGGAGAGAAGCUUAUGAUUCAUCCCUUCUUCGGUAGUUCCGGGAAUCUUUCUGCGUUCAUCAAAUUUUUGGCAGGUGGAGAUGUUGACGCACACAAAUGGAGCAACAUUUUGAGUAUCACCAUUGGAAUAGCAAAAGCUCUUGAUCAUCUCCAUACAGGAAUGCAGAAACCGAUUGUUCACGGAAAUCUGAAGUCGAAAAAUGUUCUACUAGACAAGAGUUUUAGGCCUAGAGUCUCUGAUUUCGGCUUGCAUUUGCUUUUGAACCUUGCAGCUGGGCAAGAGGUUCUAGAAGCUUCAGCUGCAGAGGGUUACAAAGCGCCUGAGUUGAUCAAGAUGAAGGAAGUAAGCAAGGAGAGUGAUGUAUAUAGUUUCGGUGUGAUCAUGCUUGAGUUAGUCUCUGGUAAAGAGCCGACAAACAAGAAUCCAACGGGAUCUGUACUUGAUCGUAAUAGGUUGUCGGAUUUGUACCGUCCUGAGAUUAUUAGGAGAUGUCUGAAGGAUGGAAAUGGUGUGACCGAAGAGUGUGUCCUCGAGUACUUUCAGCUUGCAAUGUCUUGUUGCUCUCCAUCGCCUACUCUUAGGCCGAGCUUCAAGCAAGUAUUGAGGAAGCUUGAAGAGAUCAGGAAAUGAUGCAUUAGCAAACUUGACUAAUUUGUGGAAGAGACAUAGGAAGAGAAAGAUUCAAACAAUCAGAAACCUUUUUGCAAGAUUGAUUCAAUGCGUAGGGCGGAUAAGAGAGUCUUCAUAGGAUGAUACAAUACAUAUAACAAGUUCUAGCUUGUGGAAGUUCACAGAGAAGUAGUUAGUCUGAUUAUCUACAGAAGUAACUGAAGAUGGAUCAAGGUUUUGCUUAGGAAGGACUUUUAGAACAGAGUUAUUGGAGAAUAACUGAGAAAAGAGCCAACAAGAGACUCGAAGAACUUUGUAAGGCCUCUAGUAAUCAUAGAACAUCAUCUUUUUGAAUGUAAAUUGUCUUUGCAGUUGUAUCUUUAUAGCCUUGCUCGGUCUGUGCAGAUAUGAUUCUUGAGUUGUAUACCUGAAAUCUCCAAGAGGCUCUCUCUCUCUUUCUUUCUCUAUAUAUAUAUGGUUCUUGUUCUUGAAGGAGAACUUUGCAGUUUUAAGCAAAGUAUCAUGAACUAAUCUUGUGGUGUUUGUUAUAACCACAGAUUCUACACUUUUUACGCUGCACUUUUCUCCAUCAAUACAUUCAGUGUUUUG